CCGCGGCGCGCCGGAGGAGGAGGACGCAUGGGGGAGGCCGUGCGCCACGGGGCCCGGAGCUGUGCCAGAGCCAGGAGCCCCCCGCGGGGUCGGCCGCUCCCAGGCAGCCUGGGCGCCGCUCGGCGGGGGCUGCUCUGAGCCCCGCGCCCUGCGCUGCGAGGCGGGCCGGGCCUCCAGCGGCUGCGGCCGGAGGGGGAUGCCCGGACUUGCGCGCCUGCCCUGCGCUCGCCGCCUCCCAGCCGCGCGGAGCGGCCGGGCCGGGGAAUCGACGCCCCGCUAGGGGCUCUCGCCGCAGCCGGCCCCGCGGGGCGCGAAGGGGAGGCCGAUGCGGGGCGCUGCUGCCGGCGCGGGCCGCUCCCCCGGGCACUCAUGAGCAGAGGGGGCAGCCUGCAGCGGAGAACCACCUACCUGAUCUCCCUGACCCUGGUCAAGCUCGAGUCCGUGCAGCCGCCGGAGGAGCAGGCCAAGGCGGGGGCGGGAGAUGGAGCCCCCCAGGCCGGCUCCAGCCCGGGCCUCUCCGGGGUGACGGCGCGCCGGGAGGGCGAGGGGCCCCGGGCGGACGAAAGCGCCAAGAGCAAGCGGCAGGAGCGGAGCUUCCACCGGCAGGAUGCGCUUUGGAUCAGCACCAGCAGCUCCGGCCCGGGGGACUAUUUCCUGCAGCAGUCGCCCAGCAGCCCCAGGACCCCGCUGCCCUCGCCCUCCCCGUCCCCGGAGAGCGCCGGCCGGCUGCUCGCCCUCUGGGCCGGCCCGGGGCUGCCCUCGCCCAGCGCCAGCACCCCCGGCCCGGGUGAAGACCCCAGAGCUCCGGAUCCCAAAGCGGACGCUCCUCUGACUCUGACGCCGCCGGCGGUGCCCCCCAAGCCGGGCACUGCUCUGCACCCGGCAGCCCCAGCUGUGCCCCCCAAGCCGGACACGGCACUGCAUCCAGCUGUGCCUCCCAAACCGGACACUGCACUGCAUCCAGCUGUGCCCCCCAAACCGGGCAUUGCACUGCAUCCAGCUGUGCCGCCUAAACCGGACACCGCACUGCACCCAGCUGUGCCGCCUAAACCGGACACCGCACUGCAUCCAGCUGUGCCCCCUAAGCCGGACACUGCACCGCACCCAGCUGUGCCCCCUAAGCCGGACACUGCACCGCACCCAGCUGUGCCCCCUAAGCCGGAUGCUGCACUGCACCCAGCUGUGCCCCCUAAGCCGGAUGCUGCACUGCACCCAGCUGUGCCCCCCAAGCCGGACGCUGCACUGCAUCCAGUGGUGCCCCCUAAGCUGGAUGCUGCCCUGCAUCCAGCAGUGCCUCCCAAGCCGGACACCGCACUGCUCCCAGCUGUGCCCCCUAAGCCGGACACCGCACUGCUCCCAGCUCUGCCCCCCAAGCCGGACACUGCACUGCUCCCAGCUCUGCCCCCCAAGCCGGACACCGCACUGCACCCAGCUGCCCCACUUGUGCCCCCAAAGCCAGAAGCCAUUGUGGCCCCAGUGGCUCCGGGGGCGAAUGAGACCCUGGAGGUGCCAGGCGAGCGGAGCCAGACCCCCAGGGAAGCUUUGCUGCCCCUCACCACCAGCUGCUCCUCCAGUGCGGCGGCUCCAGGCCGGAGGCUGCUGCUGAGCCAUGCCAGCUGGGGCUGCCCCGAAGUGCGGGAGCCCGGGGCGCCCGAGGGCGGCGGUGCCGGCCGAACCGGGGGCUCCUCGUUCUCCUCCGCGCUGGGCCCUGGCGCCUCCUCGCCUCACCCCGCGGCCGGGAGCCGGCGCCUCCGGCUGGCCAGCAACAAGCCUUUCAAAACGGUGACCACCAGCGGCGCCAAGAUGGGCUCCGAGCCCAAGGCGGGCAAAGGCGCCCACAAGGGGGGCCCAGGCAACCGGCUGUCGUGGCCGGAGAGCGAGGCGAAGGGCCGCAUGAAAGGGGGCCCCAAAGGCGGCGGGGAGGCGGUCCCCCGGGCCCCCGCCAGGGCGAAGCUGUCGCCGCGCAAAGGCAAGAGCAAGACCCUGGACAACAGCGACCUGCUCCUGGACGCCGAGGGGCCGGCGGCCGCGGGCUUCUGCCCCUCGGAGGCCGGCGUGGGGCUGAAGCGGGGCCGCGAGGGCGGCCGGGCCUCCACCCGGGACCGCAAGAUGCUCAAGUUCAUCAGCGGUAUCUUCACGAAGAGCCCGGCCUCCACCCCCACCCACCCCGGGCCCGGGUGGGGCCUGGGCAGCCGGGAGCUGCUGAGCCCCGAGCGAGCCAAGGGGGCCUCCCCCAAGGCCAUAGCAAACAGCCAGGAAUGGACCCUCAGCCGCUCCGUCCCGGAGCUCAGACUGGGCGUCCUGGGGAGCAUCAAGAGCGGGAAGUCGGCCCUCGUCCAUCGCUUCCUCACCGGCUCCUACCUGGGCCUGGAGCCAGCUGAGAGCGGACAGUUCAAGAAGGAAGUGGUGGUGGACGGGCAGAGUCACCUGUUAUUGAUCCGAGAGGAAGGGGGUGCCCCGGACGUCAAGUUUGCCAGCUGGGUGGAUGCCGUGGUCUUUGUGUUCAGCCUGGAGAAUGAGGACAGCUUCCAGGAGGUCUCCCAGUACUACAACCUCCUGACCGGCUACCGCAGCCCCUCGGAGGUGGCCGUGGCCCUGGUGGGCACGCAGGACAAGAUCAGCUCCACCAACCCCCGGGUGAUCGAGGACCCGCAGGCCCGGGCGCUCUGCAACGACAUGAAACGCUGCCUCUACUACGAGACCUGCGCCACCUACGGCCUCAACGUCGACCGGGUCUUCAGUGAAGUCGCCCAGAAGGUCGUGACUCUGAAGAAGCAGCAGCAGCUCCUGGCCUCCUGCAAGUCCCUGCCCAGCACCCCCAGCCACUCGGCCGCCUCCACCCCCGUGGGCGGGAUCCACCCUGGGCAGGCCAGUAAUGGAGGCCACGCGAGCGAUUACUCCUCCUCCUUGCCAUCUACGCCCAACAUCAGCCACCGCGAGCUGCGGAGCGAAGGCUCGGUCGGGAUCGGCACCCCCAGCUCCCUGCACCGGGGGGCCAAGCGCCGCACCAGCCUCUUCACGAACCGCCGGGGGAGCGAUUCGGAGAAGAGGAGCCUGGACAGCAGAGGGGACAGCACGGGCAGCGGCCGCGCUAUCCCAAUCAAACAGAGCUUCCUGCUGAAACGCAGCGGCAACUCCCUCAACAAGGAGUGGAAGAAGAAAUACGUGACCCUGUCCAGCAACGGGCUUCUCUUCUACCACCCCAGCAUCAACGAUUAUAUUCACAGCACCCACGGGAAGGUGAUGGACCUCCUGCGCACCACUGUCAAGGUGCCUGGCAAGCGCCCCCCCAGGGCCAUCUCCGCCUGCAGCCCCUCCUCCAGCAUCAACGGCCUGGUGCGGGACGUGAGCGGGGGGCAGGCGCCCGAGGGUGGCGCUAGCCUCUCCCCCGCGGCGCUGACUAUCCCGACAGAACAAGCGGCCAAGGCCUCAGGGAAGCCGGACCGGCCCCUCCAGCGUUGCGCUUCGGCCGCCAGCGCCAAGACCUCGGGUGGGGAGGGGUCCCCGGCCGGAGAAGGGGUGUCCAGCCCCAGCCCCAGCCCCGGCGGCAAAGACCCGCCUCCUUCGCCCAUGAUUGACAGGAAGAAGCAUCGCCGGAAGAAGCUGAUGACCCCCUCGAAAACCGAGGGGUCGACGGGGCAGGCGGAAGCCAAGCGCAAAAUGUGGAAAUUAAAAACCUUUGGUAGUUUAAGAAAUAUUUAUAAAACAGAGGAGGAGAACUUCGAGUUCAUCAUCGUGUCGAGCACGGGCCAGACGUGGCACUUCGAGGCCGGCAGCUUCGAGGAGAGGGACGCCUGGGUCCAGGCGAUCGAGAGCCAGAUCCUGGCCAGCCUGCAGUGCUGCGAGAGCAGCAAAAACAAGGCCCGGAUGGACAGCCAGAGCGAAGCGGUAGCCAUCCAGGCCAUCCGGAACGCCCGCGGCAAUUCCCUGUGUGUGGACUGCGGGGCACCGAACCCCACCUGGGCCAGCCUGAACCUGGGGGCGCUGAUCUGCAUCGAGUGCUCGGGCAUUCACCGAAACCUGGGCACCCACCUGUCACGGGUGCGCUCGCUGGACCUCGACGACUGGCCCCUGGAGCUCACCCUGGUGCUGACGUCCAUCGGCAACGAGACGGCCAACGGCAUUUGGGAGAAGAACACGCAGGGACGCCGGAAGCCCACCUGCGAGUCGUCCCGGGAGGAGCGGGAGUCAUGGAUCCGGGCGAAGUACGAGCAGCGGCUGUUCCUGGCCCCGUUCCCCAGCCCCGAGAUCCCGCUGGGGCAGCAGCUGUUCCGGGCCGUGCAGGAGAAGGACCUGGGCACGGUGCUGCUGCUGCUGGCGCACAGCACCAAGGAGCUGAUCAACACCUGCUCCGGGGACAAGGACCGGCGCACGGCGCUGCACCUGGCCUGCGACCUGCCCCAUGUGGUCAUCACCCAGCUGCUGGUCUGGUACGGCAUCGAAGUGAAGGCCCGAGACGCGCUGGGCCACACGGCCCUUUUCUACGCCAGGCGAGCCGGGAGCCAGGAGUGCGCCGAGAUCCUCCUGCAGCACGGCUGCCCCAGCGAGGGCCACGGCACCGCCGCCACGCCCGGCCUGCGCCGGAAAAGCAGCACCGCCAGCAUGGGACGGUGUGACACUCGGACCGCCCUGGUAUAGCCGGCCAGCCCCGCCGGACUGCCCCGUGCAGGGCCUCUGGGCUCAGCCCCGAGCGGAGGGGGAGACUGCCAGCGCCCCGGCCCUCUGCAGAGCCCUCCCCAGCGGGCUCCGGGCCUGCCUCGGGCCACCUGGACCGGGUGCGACGGAGCCCGAGCCCGACGCAGGGCUGGAGGGGAAGGACGCGCGGGUGGCCAGGGGAGAACUUCAGUGACAGGCCCAUCCCGCGCGGGCCGCACCUGCCGGACGCUGAAGGGACGUUCGGCCCAACGGGCCCAGCUUUUCCGGGCACGGCUGGCGAGGCGGGUGCCCAGGUGAGGCCACCCCUGGAUGCUGGCUGGGCAGGACGCCAGGCAUCCCCAUCCUCCGGCCAGUGUCGGACAAUUUGUAUUUUUGAUGCUCUAUUUAUUACUCAGCCCCUGCUGGUGGGGCCCAAUCUGUCCCUGUCUCCUCGGGGCCCCUGCUGCCCCUCACCCCAAUCCAUCCGAGGCCUCCCGUGUGGCUGGGCAGGGGAUGGGAACACACAGGACAAAGAGAGGCAGCUUUUUCAGAGCACAGGACUGAGAGCCAGGACUCCUGGGUUCUGUUCCUGGCUCUGGGAGCGGAGUGGGGAGGGUCUAGUGGUCAGAGCACAGGGCCGGGAGCCAGGACUCCUGGGUUCUGUUCCUGGCUCUGAGAGCAGAGU